GUAAUCCAAUUCUCCAAAUUUAUACAUAUUCCUGUUUAUAAAUUUGAAUUGAAAUUGAUAAGACGGUAUCAUGAUUCUGAACAACAUUAACCCCGAUCAUCAAAUAUGCCCCAUGUGAAAUCUUACACGUUCUAGUUCAGACACUGAUUUGUUGCCAUGUCCCUUUCAUUAUGCACUUCAAGAAAUUAAUCCAGGUUCAUCUUUAAAAAAAGUCUCAGCUCAUCUAGAAAAUAGGAUGAGCUGCAAACACCAAAUCAUCCACCAAGUCAAUUAUAGCAUUUUUUUUUUUUCAAAAUUUAGGUGAAAGGGAACUGCCUUUCUACUACUUGCAACACCCCUUGUAUUUGGCUAACUUUUUGGUUUUUUAACAACAUUGGCAACUUCAAGUUUUGUAGAUAUGGAUUAAUGUGAUCUUUGUUUGUACUUAAAAAUUUUAUUAUUAUUAUAAAAAUACUUGCAUUAUUGAUUAGAUAUUCUAACAAGAAAGGAGGUAAGCAUGUUUAGGUAUAUUAGAUUAUCUUAGACCAAGUAUUAGCUACCAAGGCAAACCUAAUAGUUUAUUGUUAAAUCUGUCCUGUUAUAUGUUUCUUCUAUAUAUUUGAGUUUCACAGUUUCACUUAUGGCUUGUGGAUAGGCCGACAGGGAAAUAAAAGCUCUAGAGAAAGAAAAAAGAAAUGGAGGUAUUAAAGAGAGGGUUGGUGUUGUUAAUGGUUUUCAUGGUUUUUCAGAGAGGAGAGGGGCAAUUAUUUGAGAAUUUCUAUAGGGGUACAUGUCCGAAUCUAGAAAUGAUAGUGAAGCAAGUAGUGUCCAUCAAGUUCAGCCAAACAUUUGUUACGAUCCCUGCAACGCUGCGCUUGUUCUUCCAUGAUUGCUUUGUCGAGGGAUGUGAUACAUCAGUCAUGAUAGCAUCACCAAAUGGAGAUGCAGAAAAGGAUGCUCAAGACAAUCUCUCCCUCGCAGGAGAUGGAUUCGACACCGUAAUCAAGGCAAAGCAGGCAGUGGAAAUACAAUGCCCAGGAAUUGUCUCUUGUGCCGAUAUUUUAGCACUUGCAGCAAGGGAUGUUGUAGUACUGGCUGGUGGCCCUUCUUGGGAAGUAGAAUUAGGACGUCGAGAUGGCCUCGUAUCCCAAGCAUCCAAGGUAGCAGGGAACUUACCAGAUCCAGAAUUCAACCUUGUUCAACUCAACACCAUUUUUGCUAAAAACAACCUUACGCAAUUCGAUAUGAUUGCCCUCUCAGGAGCUCAUACUCUAGGCUUCUCUCAUUGCAAUCGCUUUUCGAAUCGCUUAUACUCCUUCUCUUCAUCUUCAGUUGUCGAUCCUAGUUUGGACCCAAACUACGCACAACAGUUGAUGCAAGCCUGCCCUCAAAAUGUAGACCCCAGCAUUGCCAUCAACAUGGACCCUGAAACCCCACUAACUUUCGACAAUGUGUAUUACCAGAAUCUUGUUUCUGGGAAGGGCUUGUUCACUUCAGACGAGGUGCUUUUCAGUGAUCCAGCAUCUCAACCAACUGUAAGAGAUUUUGCUAGCAACCCUGGCAACUUUAAUGGAGCCUUUAUCACAGCAAUGAGGAAACUUGGGAGGGUGGGAGUCAAAUCCGGGAAUGAAGGAGAGAUAAGAACGGACUGCACAAAAUUUAAUUCAUGAAAAGUGGAUGAAGAUCAAGAUGCCUAAAAGUGAUUGUGUUCGUGGUGCGUGCUUGUCAAUGCAUUUAAAGAUGGAUGCGAUUGUUCUUUUCUAAAUCAUCAUAAAAUAAAAGGAAUACCUUGCUGAAGUAGAUUUCAAGACUGUUUAUUUGUUCAUACAUACUGUAAUGGGCCAAUUUAGCCCGGCCCAAGACAAAGCAAAUAAACAGAAAACAAUUCAAUAAAAAAACAAAUUAAAUUAGAGUAGUCCAUUAAUUAAA